UGAGAUUAUAUGCAGGGAGUAGCCUGCUUACUUGAAAGGACCUGGAAAAUGGAGGGAAGAUGGAGAAAGGAAGGAGGAAGAAUAUUGGGGACCAGCCUCCCCUCACCUGGCUACAUCACUUGUGUAAACCUCAUGGAGACAGCUGAAGGAUGAGACAUCACCAGUGUGUGGGAAUCUUAAGGAACCUGUUUUAUUCACUGGAACAAUGAGGAAAAAUCUGGAUCCCUUUAAUCAGCAUACAGAGAAAGAACUGUGGAAUGCCUUAGAAGAGGUACAACUCAAAGAAUCCAUCGAAGGUCUUCCUGCUAAAAUGAAUUCUGAAUUAGCAGAAUCUGGAUUGAACUUGAGUGUUGGUCAGAAACAACUGGUGUGCCUUGCUAGGGCUCUUCUCAGGAAGAAUCAGAUAUUGAUUUUUGACAAAGCCACAUCAUACGUGGAUCCACGAACUGAUGAGUUCAUACAAAAAAAAAUUCGUGAGAGAUUUGCCCAGUGCACUGUGCUGACCAUUGCACACAGGUUGAGCACCGUUAUUGACUGUGAAAGGAUUAUGGUUUUGGAUUCAGGGAUACAGGAAGAAUAUAGUUGGCCACAUCGUUUGCUGCAAGAUAGAAACAGCCUAUUUUACACGAUGGUGCAACAACUGGGUGAGGCGGAGGCUGCUGUCCUCACCAAAAGGGCAAAAGAGGUGUACUUCAAAAGGAGAUAGCAAAAUAUUACUCACAGUGACCAUGUGGUUAUGAAUGUUUCCAGUGGACAGCCCUCAGCCUUCACAAUUUUUGAGUCAACACUGUGAUUCUAUCAUGAGUUCAUGUCUAUUCCAAAGGCUUUUUUCCAAUAGGUUUUGCACUACAUAAGCUAAAUUCUACUUGUUUUACACCAGCAACAAAUAUUUACACAUUAUAGCAUGUGAGUUCUCCAACUUCACUCAGUGAUUUCAAGCUCUUGAAAAAGGAUUUAUUAUGUUUACUUAAAUGUUGUAUUACUUUCUUUCUUAUCCAAAUCAGAGGUGCAGGCCACCAAUAAUAGCCGUUUCCCAGGUUUCGUGUCUUGAGAGACUCCAGAGCCAAACUCAUUUUCUAAGAUUUGAGACAAAGUUGUCACAGGUGGUUUUUUUUUUUUUUUUAAACUGUUUCCAGAAUUACAUAUUACUUUCCAGUUAUAUCAGGGAUUCUGUUUACUUGAAGACUGUGUAAAGUUGCUGUUUUGUGUCACCACUUCCUUUAAUAUGACUAGGAUCCAUUUUUCCACCAAAAGACCUCUGGUUAAAAUACUACAGAGAAAACUGAUAGGAAAAUGUACAAUAUACUAUAGUUUAAGUGAAAGAAAGAAAGUGAAAGUGAAGUCCUCAGUCGUGUCUGACUCUUUGCGACCCCGUGGACUACAGCCCACCAGGCUCCUUUGUCCAUGGGAUUCUCCAGGCAAGAAUACUGGAGUGGG